AUGAGGACGACCCCAAAAUUGACGUUUUCGAAAUUAGACGAGGAGACCGGGAGUAAAUUGGACCAAAUGUUUGAAAAGAAGGAUUGUAUGGUUGAAAUAAACCCUGGACACGUAGUCCUACCAGCUGAUUAUAUGACCAUCGGUCAGGAAAUUCUGGAUAUGGAGGUUUUGGAAAGCGAUGUUUGGAUGCUGUCUUAUCCAAGAACUGGGUCGACAUGGGCUCAAGAAAUGGUGUGGUUGAUCGGUCACGAUUUAGACUACGAAGGAGCUAAAUCUCUUCAGCAAAUCCGAUGUCCUCUAGUGGAAUUAUCGUGUAUAAUGGUGGACGGUCACGCCGAGUGGCACGAUGAAUCCGUAAAGGGUUCAUCUGUGGAUCUCGUGAAGUACCGCUUACCACACCCGCGCUACAUACGUAGUCAUCUACCCUUUGAUCUGUUGCCCAUCGAUAUAUUGAACGAGGAUGGUUCUGUUAAGCCGAAGAUGAUAUAUACAUCCCGUAACCCAAAAGAUAUGGUGGUCUCCUACUACCAUUACUGCACUCUGGUUCACGGCUUAAAGGGUACUUUUGAAGAAUUUUGCGAUCUAUUUAUGAGGGACAAAGCGCCGUUUGGACCUGUGUGGAAUCAUAUACUUGGUUUUUGGAACCGCCGCAACGAUCCAAAUGUCCUCUUCAUCAAAUUUGAAGAAAUGAAACGUGAUCUACCAAACGUCGUCAGGAGAACUGCAAAGUUCUUGAACAAAACCCUAUCUGAUGAAGAGGUUUACAAGCUAUGCGAUCACCUAUCCUUUCAGAAUAUGAAGACUAAUCGUGCAGUAAACUUAGAGGCAAUUCUAGAAAAGUCUUUUGGAAAGAACUACUUAGAACAAACCUCACUGAGGUUUAUUAGAAAAGGGGAAAUUGGAGAUUGGAAAAAUUAUAUGUCGGACGAUCUCUCGAGAAGAUUCGAUGAUUGGGCCGAGAAAAAUCUGAAGGGAACCGAAUUGAGCUUUGAAUAAUUUUUUGUCUUUUUUUUCCUAUACUUAACAGUUAUACAUUUUUGAAUUAUAAAUUGAUUAUUGUUGUAUGUUUUGCAUUAAGGAUGUAGUUUUCAUACAUUUAAAUGUAUUUUUACACAAUUCAUUAUCAAUGAAAGAAAAAAACUUUUUAGCGUAGAUUUUAAAU